AUGGCAGAGUCCCUACCACCACAACCAACCCACCACGCAUCUUGGGAACAUGCAUGGCUUCGGCAUGUACAACAGAUCGGCAUGGCCACAUUUGUCUUCAAUUGGAGACACUUUUUUUUGCUCAGCUAUCGUGACCCACGGACAUGUCUCAACUAUCCAAGUCCAGCCCUCUCUGCUCGAUUGGCCAAUCUUUUGCCAUGA